GUUAUUCGUACUCUACACAAGUGAAAUGUUGUUUCCUUGAAUUAUUGUGCAGGAUGACAAAAAUUCGAUUUAGUCCUGCGUCUAUUCAUAUGACCCCAAGUUUGAACUCAUUCGGAAAGCUUUUCGCGCAUGCUCAACCCGGUAAAUUAAAACAAACAUGUCGGAAAACAGCACCUCUAACCGAGGAAGAAAGCGCUGUUUAACUGAUUCUGCAAGAAAAAGAAAUAGAGCAAGUGUAUCAGCCAAAUGGAACAAAAGCAGGGUAUAUAUAGGUAACCAGUUUGAACGCUGGAAUGAAUUGAAAGCCAUGUUGAAUGUGGAUACACAUGCCGAAGUAGCCAGGAUUUUGCUGAACAAUUAUCAUGUAAAUAAUACAGAAAGAAAAUUGCAUGCUGUAACAUCAACACCUGGACCACUACGUGUACCUUCUCUUUUCCCCACUUCAUGUGAUGUGUCCGACAUAUCAUCAGCUGGAGAAAAUCUUAGAGAGUCAGAUAUGUCAGGAAUUGAAGAGAUUUGCAGUAGUGCAAAGAAGAAAGCAAUGGAGAAGUCAAAUUCCUUUAUUAAUCCUUUCGAUCUUACAAUUGAGGAAGAUGAAAUGUGCUUGCUUGAAGAUAAUUCAUCUGAUUCUGAUGAAGAAUAUCAGCCCAGUUUCAACUUAACACUCAGACCCAGUAAUGCAGACCAUAUUCCUAUAGAGGACUCGGAUGAUGAUUCUGACAUAUGUGGGGAUGACCCUGCUGAUGCUGUAGAAACGGACUACAAGAGAAUAAAUAGUAUUGAGGACAUAGAAACUUUAACUAAUGACUGCCCUCUCCUUGUAUACCAACAGCCCUUGUUAGAUUUGGCCAACACACAGAUCAGUACCAUCUGCAAAAUUUGUAAUGAAUCCAUCAGUAUUUGUGUGGAUAAUAUUGGUUCCGCAACAUAUCUUAAAUGGGUCUGCAAAAGAGGUCAUGUUGUGAAUAGAUGGUGUUCACAGCCAAUUCUAAAUAGAAGACUGCAUGCUGGAGACCUGGUCUUUGCAUCGGCCAUCCUAUUGUCUGGCAACAACUUCCAGAAAAUUGCAACACUGGCAAAAUUCUUGAAACUUCCUAUUCUAAGCUCUUCAACUUUUCACAGAAUUCAGAAAACUUACCUAGUCCCAGCGAUUGACAGGUUUUGGAUUCAGAAACAAGAAGAUACUCUUAGAGAAUUCCAAAAUACCGAUGUCAUUGUGUUAGGUGAUGGACGUAUGGACAGUCCUGGGCACAGUGCACAAUACUGUUCAUACACUUUUAUGGAAUAUACAUCCAAGAAAAUUUUAUGCAUCACCACAAUGGACAAACGAUCCACUGACCGGAAAAGCACCAACCUGGAGAAAGCUUGCUUCCAGCGUGGGAUGCAGUUUUUUAAAGACAAAGGCAUCAAAGUUGUUGAGGUGGUGACCGAUGCACAUGUCCAAAUAGCUUCAGUGAUGAAAAAGGAUUUCCCAGAAAUAAAGCACUCGUUUGAUGUCUGGCAUGGGACAAAGAACUUGGGAAAGAAACUCACAAAGAUCAGUCAAGAAAAAGGAAACAAAGAAUUGGGUGGAUGGGUCAAGGAUGUGGUAAAUCAUUACUGGCACUGUGCAGAAGUUUCUAGCACUUCUGAAGAGUUCCUUGAUGUUUGGUAUGGUGUGCUCCAUCAUGUUGUAAAUGAACAUGAUUGGUUUGUACCUUUUGCAAACUCAACAGUAAGCACAUGCCAACACAGCCCUUUAGAAGAUGGUAGUCAGACAAAGGAGUACCUGAAGAAAGGAUCGACAGCCCAUAAUGCACUUAGACAAAUUGUAAUGGAUAAACGACUGGUGAAAAACAUUCCAUACUACCUAAACUGCAGGUAUGUAAUUUAUUGAAGGAUAAAAUCUUUCCCCCUAAAUAAAUUGA